AGAGGCGGGCUCACGCGCUCAUCAAAACAAACCCGAGCCUGAGACCUCUGCUGAGGGUUAGCUUGGUUUUACUUGGUUUAAGGCCUUUAAACUGUACAUUCUGACACAUCACCUCCGUAACCAACCGCAGGCUCGGAGUGUCACCGGGAUGCGGCGGUAGGACGCGGGAGAUCCGAGGUUUAUUGGGUGUUUUCCGCGGGUAUGUCUCUGUGAGUCAGCGUUAGCCGUUAGCUUAGCUCCAUGGCGCUGCCCCCGGAGCGCGCUGCCCCCGCGGUCGCAGACAGGCCUCCUCUGCCCGUGGAUAGACCGGCAGUGUCCGCGGACAGACCCUCCGUGCCUCUGGACCGGCCGCCUCUCCCGGGACCUUUCACCGGGGACAGAACUCCUCUCACCGGGGACAGGCCACCUCUGGCCGGGCCGCUGCGAUGCCUGCUCGCGGAGUCCGUGGAUGACGCGGAGGGUCUGUGCGUGGCUGUGGAGCGGUGUCCUCUCUGCGGGACGUCCCGGAGGAGACUGACCUGCGCCCGCUGCGUCCAGACUGGGGACUUUGUGCACCUGAACGGCCGCGGGACAGAGAGAUACUCAGAGAAAGUGGAGCGUCUGAAGAAGCUGAGGGAGGAGAAGGAAGUGCUUCUGCGGAGAGUGAUGGAGGCCAUGGACAAGAAGAUCCAUGCAGACGAGAGGAAGUGGAAGGUGAUGUCGUCUAAAGGGAGGAUCCAGCAGCUGAAGGAGGCUGUGGCUUUGGGCAACGAACAACUCAAGAACGAUGUGGAUCUCCUGUCCCGUUCUCAGGAGGAGGUGCAGCGUCUCCAGAGAAGAGCCGGGCGCCAUCAGGAAAAACGGGACAAAAUCGAGCGGCAUAACAAACGCCUGAGUGACCUAAAGGACAAACGCUCCAAAGAUCUGACCUCACGCCUGGAGCAAUUGAGCCAAGCCCGAAGAACCCAUGUCCAAGAGCUCACUAGCCACAUCUUCAGCCUGCAAGAGGACAAGCUCUCAAGCAGGGAGGAGGACUCUGUGGGCACAGUGAGUGAGCUGGCAGAAGCUCGUAGGACAACGUAUCUCUCUGGACGUUGGAUUUGGGACGAUCAAAAUGGAGACACGUCCAUCAGCAUAACCUGUCCCUCUGUGCACCUGCCUAGCAACGGGGACUGCUCCGCCUAUUACAGCCCAGGGACCGCCCCCCAGGCAACAGGCCCCACCCCUGCCGCCCCAGAACCAGAGUUGGAGCCGUUGAACCCGGUUCACACCAUCAGCGCAGCGCUCUGCUACACCACCCAACUCACCUCCAUCCUCUCCCACAUCCUGGACAUCAACCUACCCAAGAAGCUGUGCCACAGUGAGUUCUGUGGAGAGAACCUGAGCAGAUACAGAUUCACCAGAGCUCUGAACAAACUCAACACCAACGUCCUGCACCUGUGCUUCUCCCAGUUGGUGGACAGUGAGAAACUCCACCCUCACCAUACUCUGAGGAACCUCAUGUUCCUUGUGUCUCCUGCCAACCAGCACCUGGGCAGGACGGGUCCGUUCGAGGUCUAUGGGGGUCUGGAGGAGUCCAUGGAGUUCCUGGAGCCGGAGGGUGGCCCUCUAGAGGAGAGCGGAGAAGAUGCAGUCACAGACGAAGAGACAGACCUGGGCACAGACUGGGAGACUGUGCCCUCACCCAGAUUCUGUGAUAUACCCUCUCAGCCCAUGGACCUGUCCCAGAGUGCUCUGCAGGUCUCUCAGCCCUCAGCUCACACUGGAGGAAUGAUCUCGUCUGCUGCAGCUUCUGUCACCUCCUGGUUCAGAGCAUACACAGGACAGCGCUAGACUGGGACUAAGACUGGAUCAAAAUCCGGACUGGACCAGGGACUAAAACACAACUUCAUCACCAGCUCAGACUGUAUAUAUCAAAAGGAACCUGUAAAGUCCUGGUCUAGACCAUAGACCAGACUUGAAUCCUGGAUGGUCUCGAUCCUGGACUUGGUCUUUGGGUUUGGUGUAAAUAAGCUCAUCUCCUGACCCUAGAGGACAUGAAUGGUACUGCGUCAGAAUUUUAGUGCGAAAUGUAAAAUAUUGUCUUUUUUAAAAGUGUCAGAACAUGUUUAAGUCUGAAUGUUUCUGAAACUAAAGAUGUGUUUACAUCAGACCCAACUUGCGUCACAAAUGAGUUUGCCUGAAAGAAGUCCCAGCCGAGGGUCAGAGCAUCCGUAGUAUCUCGGUCAGCGUGUCUGUGACAGAUUAAACUAAUUUCUCUAAAACAAAUUAACAUCAUUAGAUUUAAGAAUUAAAAUGUUGCCUUGUCUUUUCUAGUUUGACCAUUUUGGUGAAAGUUAUAAUGUAAAUGCCUGGACACAAGCGACAGAUGUGACCCAUGUAGAGGUAUGUUACCUAGCAACCAUAACAUAAACAAUGACACAAUAGUUGUGAUUAGACUUAAAAUACAAAUAAAAGACAUUGCCUUUAUUUAGAGACAUGAAGCUUUAAACUUCAUCUUUCUGUUUGAGUAUUCUGGAGUAUUCUCUGUAGUGUUCUGUUGGUGACAGAGAGGCACAGUUUUGCAACUUACAAAUACUUGUGUAUUUUUAUACUUUUCUUCACAAACUCAAACUGAACUGAAGUAUAAUGAUAAAUAUGAACACAGGUUUGAUACACCAGAGUGGUUUAGGCAAACAUCUGAACAUGUGGUCAGCAGUUUGACGCUCGCUGGAGAACACUGUUUGAGAUUGUUUUUUUAUGAAAAUUUGACAAAUUGAGCUUUGAUAAUCACAAAAACACCAAUGUAGAUUCUGAUAGAAAAAAGUUUUAAAUAAAAAAGUGAGUU